AGUAAAAGGGACGCAUGUGAAGACGACCGCUUUCCGUUGAAGUAAGCCGAAGGAUUCCUCUUUAAACCGCCCGCCAUGCCUCGCUUGCUUCGUGCAGUUGGCAGCUCGAAUUCAUGGAAGCUAGAUCAAAUUCUUGAAAGGUCUUCUUCUUCUUCUUCCUCUCUUCCUUAAAUUUGCGUCCAAACUUUUGAUUUUGUUCCAUCGCUAUUUCCAUUUAAUGGAUCAAUCUGUUCUUCCCGUUUGUGCACGGCAUCGCCUUAUUUGAUCAAACUGUAUGUGGUGGGCGCAAAGUUGUUUUCCACUUUAAUCUCCUUAAGCUCUGUUGCUACGUGUAUAGAAUUUCUCUGCCUUAUUCGACCGUUUAUUUCGAUUGUUUGUCGUGUUCUGAUUUUUCUGUAUGUACAUUUCUUAGCAUUCAAGUUUCUGGUUGGAUUUUCUGAUUUUGGAUAGAUUUCUUGGCUUAAAUCUUUUUUUUUCCCUCUUCUUUUUGCUUCGGGAUUGUUCAUUCCGUUUCCGAUUUGACUUUGUUGGUCUUUUGGAAUUCUGGAUUGUUGAGAGUUUGAUAUUUUUCUCGAGUUUCGGCAUUUUCUCGGAGCUUUGAGUAUGGGCUGUUUCUUCAAUUUACAUCGCAAAACGAAAAUUAAGAGAGGAGCAGGAUCGGCCAAGGAACUGAAUCAAAGGAAAAAAUCGGAUGGUAAAACUACCAAUCGCGGGAUUGAAGCGUUGGAAACUUUGGCUACGCCCCGGAGCAUACCUGAGUUGUACAAAGAGAAGGAGCAUAAUCUGAGAGCCUUCACUCUCGAAGAGCUUAAAAUUGCGACAAAUGGGUUCAGCAGGUCCCUUAGGAUCGGAGAAGGUGGCUUUGGGAGUGUAUAUAAGGGGAAAAUAAGGCUUGAAGGUGAACAGGGAGAGGAAGUCAUAGUAGCCAUUAAACGGCUUAAUCCAAAUAGCACACAGGGUCAUAAACAAUGGCUUGCAGAAGUUCAAUUUCUUGGUGUUGUUAGUCAUCCAAACCUUGUAAAACUUUUGGGAUACUGUUCAGAAGAUGGAGAAAGGGGGAUCCAACGACUGUUAGUCUAUGAAUUCAUGUCUAAUGGAAGCUUAGAAGACCAUCUCUUUAGCAGGAGUACUACUCUUUUGACUUGGAAAACUAGGCUACAGAUUAUCCUUGGUGCAGCUCAAGGAUUGGCUUACCUACAUGAAGGAUUAGAAGUCAAGGUAAUAUAUCGCGACUUCAAAUCAUCAAAUGUGCUAUUGGAUGAAGAAUUCUGUCCAAAACUUUCGGACUUUGGGCUUGCUAGAGAAGGGCCAACUGGUGAUCGCACGCAUGUGUCCACUGCAGUAGUUGGGACAUAUGGAUAUGCAGCACCGGAGUAUGUUGUGACAGGACAUCUAACAAUGCAAAGUGACAUAUGGAGUUUUGGAGUAGUGUUGUAUGAGAUCCUCACGGGCAGGCGGGCUCUCGAAAGAAACAUGCCAACGAGGGAGCAAAAGCUACUGGAGUGGGUCAAACAGUUUCCAGCUAACACUAAGAGUUUCAAGACAAUAAUAGAUCUUCAACUUCAAAACCAGUAUAACCUAGCAGCCGCUCGAAAAGUUGCGAGUUUAGCCGAUCAGUGUCUCAACAAGACUGCAAGAGAUCGACCAACAAUGUCGAAAGUUGUUGAAAUCUUGAAGCAAGCACUAGAAGAGUCCGAGGGGAGUGUUUAGAUCUGAGGAUUCCUGUUAAUCAUCUAGAUGUUAUAUUACUCAUCAUAUAUAUAUAUGCUCAUCUCUU